CCACGGCUCCUCCAUGGCGUCCGCUUAUUCAACUGGUGUCAAAUUAAAUGACUGGGCUGCGGUGUCUGUUUUAGUGAUUUAUAAAUCAGCACUCUGGUUUGGAGGUGUCAUAUUCCCCAUUUCUACCGUUAUGAUGUUUACGUACGGAGAGGAGCGGAGAGGCAAUCGGACGUGACGUAGUACGCAGGACGACUACUUCAUCACGUACACAACAGAGCCUUUCAGCAUCGGACACUCUUAAACAAAUGUGCGUGGCUAAAAUCUAUAUUUCGACAUCAUUUGUCCAGGUUGUGUUAUGGCCUUUUUUCCCCUUUUUAAGAAAGAAAAAAAAAAUCUCAGCUAAACCGUCAAUCCCCUUCAUGUGUACCUUGAAGAUAUGGAAAAGAGUCGUUGAAGCUAGUUUAAAGAGAGAGAAAGCGUUUCGCUGUAUUAUACCUGCUACAGCAGCACCCAUACAUGUGCUGCACGUUUAUCUGAGAUUUGUCUCUUCAAGUUUCUGUUACGAGCCCACAACGAGAGAGGGGGGAGGGGCGGGACUAACCGACGCCAGUGAGCGCGCUGAUUGGUCAGCUGAAGUUGUCAUCAGAGAUUCCGGAUGUCGGCUUCGAGACUGGGAUGGUAUCAUGGAAACAGCCAAUCAUCAAGAAGGAGAGGCGGCGGCAGUGAAGAUUGGUGAUAGCCCUUUAGAGAGUAAUCAACCUGCUGACUCAUUGGCAGCCUCCUUCUCCCUUUUGGAGAAUCACAUGUUUCCUGAUCCAGUAGAGAGUAAUGGGAGCGCUGCUGUUAGCAGAAUCGAGCCUGUGAAUUCGCAACCACCAGAUGUUUCGGCAGAGCAUCUUGGUUUGGAUGAGAAGCCUCCUUCUGACCAAGUGAUGAAGCUAGACCCUGAAAAGACAAAAACCGAGUGCCAGAAUGACGUGUCCAUGCAGCCGGCUGAUGGAACAACUGAGGACGAUGCCACUGACAAUGACCAGAGCGACUCUGGGGAAUUUGUUGUAACAAUGCUGGCCAAGGCCAAGCUUGAAGAACAAGGUAUAGGUGUGAAGGGGAGGUCGUCCCCGCUGUUGGAGGCAGGCACGCAGGAAUCUUCCUCAUUUACAUCUCAUCGCGAUGAGGAUGUCACGGCUGACAGCUGGCGGCAGCACAGGAAACAUGUUUUUGUGCUAAGCGAAGCCGGUAAGCCCAUUUAUUCCCGAUAUGGCAGCGAAGAGGCUCUUUCAUCGACAAUGGGAGUGAUGAUGGCGCUGGUGUCUUUUGUCCAAAGUGGAGAUAAUAUCAUUCGCUCAGUCUACUCAGACGAGCACACCGUAGUGUUCCUGCAGAAAGGGCCCCUAGUUCUGGUGUGCGUCUCCAGCAGUCGUCAGUCUGAGCAGCAGCUGCAGGGAGAGCUCCUUUAUGUCUACUAUCAGAUCAUUAGCAUGCUCACCCAGGCCAGUAUAUCCCGCAUCUUUGAACACAAGAAAAACUACGACCUGAGGAGACUCCUGGCGGGCUCAGAAAAGAUCCUGGAUGGUCUCCUCAACUUGGUGGAUUCUGACCCCAGCUUCCUGCUAUCGGCAGUGCACUGCUUGCCUCUAGCCUCCUCUCUCAGGGACUCUCUCAGCCAGAUCUUGCAGAAAGCUAUCACACCCAAUCUGGUUUUCUCCAUCCUCAUUGCCAAGAACCAGCUUCUAACCAUCGUCCAAGAAAAGACCGUCAUCGAGGACUCGCGGCUGGAGCCAGCUGACGUUCACCUUCUGCUUAACCUCAUUGGAGCUUCCUCUGCCUUUCAGGCUGGCGAGAUCUGGACCCCCAUCUGCCUCCCGCUCUUUAAUCCUGACUGUUACUUUUAUGCAUACAUUUCUUACCUGGACCCUCCAGAAUGCACUGUUUGUUUGCUGCUGCUCUCGACAGACAAAGAGGCUUUUUACUCUGUAGCCGAGUGCAAGAGAAAGAUAGAGGAGGCUAUGAUGGCUCAGAACUCCCUGAGCCUCAUUGCCAAAGCCGGGACAUACAGUGUGAGCCAAGUGGGCGUCUCAGACCUCAGACACUUCAUGUACAAGCCCUUUGAUGUGCCAGACAACUACCGCCAGCUCACUCAGUUUACCAGCCCAGAGAUGGAGGCACCAUACAGCAGUGAAGAGGAGAAAAUGAGACUGCUGGAUCUCUAUCGUUAUAUGCACGGCCGCAUCCACAGCACCUCACGACCCCUCAAGCUUAUCUACCAUGUUGCUGAGAGGGAAACUCUGCUAGCCUGGGUCACAAGUAAAUUUGAGCUGUACACCUGCUUCAGCCCCCUGGUGACAAAGGCCUGUGCCAUUACUGCUAUCACUAAGCUUCUAAGAUGGAUUAAAAAGGAGGAGGACCGUCUGUUCAUCAGAUACCCCCCAAAGUAUUCAACCACACCAAACCCCAGCAAAAGCUCUCGAGGAGGCAAAUCUGACCAGCAAGACUCCACAGAUAAUGGCUUCUUAUCUCUUCUAUAGGACUCUGUUAGCACUAAUAGAAGUGGCUCUGCCUCAUUCAAAAAUAGUUUGUACACUGGUUUCAAGACAUUUUUGAACCCUCUUGACACUCAUGAGACCGACAAACUUUGACCACUGGAAUCCAACACUACAUUUUACGCUAUUUAAGGAGGACUGGUGUCUUCGAAACCGGUGUUAUUAGUUCUCCAGGAAGCAUUUCAUCACAUUGCUGCUUUUGAGCAGAAACGGGGCAGAAGCGCAUUAGUAGAUUUUAAAAUGAACUGUGACAGAACAUAUUUGCAAUGGUGUAUUUAAGCGUUUUUAUAUUGUUUUAUUACAGCAACAAGAACCUUUCCUCAUGAACAGCGAAUGGAACAUAUGUUACAUAUUUAAUGAGUUAGCAUGAGGAGGAAAAAUUAAGUUAAACUACCUUUGGCAGAUAAGAUCGUUCAUAAUCUUUAUCUCCUCGCCCUAAUCACGAAAAUUAUGUUGCAUAACAUAAUGUCACAAAACAGGAUAUACAAGUUGUUAGAGUGUGUGCUUUUUGGGAUCAGCAUAAACUGGAAUACGAAAAACUGGAACUGCUAGAGGAGGGAUAGGCCUGGCGUGAGUCACACGAGGCCACAAGCAGAACGUUUUCCCUCCUUCAUAGAAUUUGAAAACAUGUCGUUUCUCAUCUUGCUGAUGUUUAGACUCGAAACGAGACUUUGAGUUUUAUUGAUGUUUCAUUUUGUGCAGCAGAUUAGUAGGAAACCCCAGCCUGAUUAUUGUCACUGUUAAGUGUUUCCAUUGAAACAAAGCAGACCUUAUCAGUUUCUUGAUAAGGUGGGAAGAUGCCAAUGAGCUCACGUGUUUUGUUCUGCAGAUACCUUUAGUAUGACACCUAAUGUAGUGAGUUCAGGUAUUCUUUUUGCAUAAGAGUUUUCUAAAGGUGGUCUGAAAAGUUGUUUCAUCCUUGUGUCCUCUGAGGAAUUUCCUGUCAAGUCUUAAGAGUUUGUCUGUAGUGUUACAAAAUAAAUCCCAGGAUGCACAAAAAGCAGUUGUCCUAUUUAAGUGGACCAUUACAAAAAUAAAUAAAUAAAUAAAUAAAUAAAUCAGAAGACAAAUGAAAACCAAGUGACCAUUAGUGCCCUAAUAAUUUUCUGUUUUCUGGAAAGAACCAAGCAUUGGAAAAGCAGGUGAGCUUAAAAUGCAGUUUUGGGGAUGUACAGUACAGUCAAACAAUAAAUAAGAAUGACAGAAAUAUAUAACACUUACUUUUAAAGUUAUGGUUUGAAGGGUGUAUGCCUUAAUUAGUGCCACAUUAUAUAUGUCCUUACAAGAAACCCCAAACGACAUAACUGGUAAAUUUAAGCGGUUAUUGAUAUCACGUCUUUGAUUCUUAAAUUCUGAACCUUCCAUCGUUUUAUAAA